AUGGCAGAUCAGGAGCAUGAAUUGGAGCGAGUGAGCUCAGAGCUCGAAGACCUGCGUGGAAACAUGGGGCAGGUCAUGGAGAUAUUACAGGUCAUCAGGGCAAAGCUAGACACCCAAACAACGGUUGUUUCUGAAAUCGCCGGUCCAUCGAUUGAACCCCAACCUGCGAGGGCGGUACCAACAACCUGGCCAACCUAUGGUUUACCUCCUGGUUUCACGCCUACAGUUGAAGGUGCACCUGGUUUUGCACCACCUGCUCAGCAGACAGCUCCUCUACCGACCAUCAAUGAAAACCAUCCAGUGAAUGUGGAAGAUGUUAAAACUCCGUUGCUAGCGCUUCAUGCAGGAUUGGUGAGGGCUAGAUUGAUUGAUACUUGUCACGAUAGUUGUGAGGAAUGUGCCAUUCAGCCAAAGGGAUGUAAAGUAGUACAAAAGGAUAUUCAGAACUUGACGGAUCAAGGCGUUUUGCAAAUUUGUGGUCCAACAACGAAUGAGGAAGUUUCGGUCAUUGAACCUGUUUUUAACAUACCAGAACCGUUUGAGGUGACUUAUCACAGAAGAGACGUUGUUCAUCCGUCACCCGUGGUAGUUUGUAUGCCUACCCCAUUUCCUUUUGAAAGUACCAAGGCGGUACCCUGGAAGUACGACAUAACAAUGGUGGAUGGGUUGGUAGAUGGAAAACCCAAAAUUGUUGAAAGUAAGGAAGUUUUGGAGAAUGUUGACACCGACAUCACCAAUAUCGCAGGAACAAGCAGGAUGACCCGCAGUGGUCGGAUUUAUACUCCCAAUGUUAAUGUCAACCCUCAAGAGCCAACAAGGGGAACUGCAAAUGUAAAUCCUACCCCAGAACAGGGAGGGGCACAGUCGGCUGUGCAAACAGAUGAAGCAAGUUCAGAGUUGAAACCUAGUGCGCUUGUGGUGAAAGCCUUUGAUGGCUCUCGAAGGACAGUAGUUGGGGAGGUAGAGUUACCGAUACAGAUUGGACCGCAUGCAAGCAUCAAGGAAAGAUUGAUCAAGUUGCUACAUGAAUAUGUAGAUGUAUUUGCUUGGUCGUAUCAGGAUAUGCCAGGUUUAGAUACUGACAUUGUUGUCCACAAGCUACCACUACAGCCAGAUUGUCCGCCAGUGAAGCAGAAGCUCCGAAGAGCAAGACCUGACAUGGCUCUAAAGAUUUGUGACGAGGUGAAACGUCAAUUUGAUGCCGGUUUUCUAGCAGUUGCAAAGUACCCUCAAUGGGUAGCUAACAUAGUACCUGUACCCAAAAAGGAUGGCAAGGUCAGGAUGUGUGUUGAUUAUAGGGAUCUAAACAAAGCUAGUCCAAAGGACGAUUUCCCCCUGCCACAUAUUGACACUCUGGUAGACAACACUGCUAAGUUCGCAGUCUUCUCCUUUAUGGACAGAUUCUCGGGUUACAAUCAAAUUAAGAUGGAUCCAGAAGACAUGGAAAAGACCACAUUCAUCACCCCUUGGGGAACAUUUUGCUACAAGGUAAUGCCAUUCGGUCUCAAAAAUGCUGGGGCAACUUACCAAAGAGCAAUGGUCACCCUUUUCCAUGAUAUGAUGCAUAAGGAAAUUGAGGUUUAUGUGGAUGAUAUGAUUGCAAAAUCUCAAAGUGAAGAGGAUCACAUAGACCACUUGCAAAAGCUAUUUGAGCAUCUUCGGAAAUUUCGACUACGACUAAAUCCUGCUAAAUGCACCUUCGGUGUCCGAUCCGGAAAGUUGCUUGGUUUCAUUGUUAGCCAACGAGGAAUUGAGGUAGAUCCUGACAAAGUCCGAGCUAUACAAGAGAUGCCUGCUCCACGCACCGAGCGAGAGGUUAGAGGCUUCCUGGGGCGUUUGAAUUAUAUCUCAAGGUUUAUCUCACAUAUGACGGCCACAUGUGAGCCUAUCUUCAAAUUGCUUCGAAAAGAUCAAGCAGUUGAAUGGAAUUCUGACUGCCAAAUGGCUUUUGAGAGAAUCGGACAGUACCUACAAGAGCCCCCUAUUCUAAUUCCACCUGUUCAAGGGAGACCACUGUUUAUGUACUUAACCGUGCUUGAAAAGUCAAUGGGAUGUGUGUUGGGACAACAUGACGAAACCGGUCGAAAGGAACAUGCUAUCUACUAUCUAAGUAAGAGAUUUACCGAUUGUGAAACCCGAUACUCACUCUUGGAGAAAACUUGUUGCGCUUUAGCAUGGGCCGCUCGUCGUCUAAGACAAUACAUGAUUUGCCACACUACUUUGUUGAUCUCAAAAAUGGAUCCAAUAAAGUACAUCUUUGAAAAGCCUGCUUUGACUGGAAGACUCGCCCGUUGGCAGAUGUUACUAUCUGAGUACGACAUCCAAUAUGUGUCUCAGAAAGCCAUCAAAGGAAGUGUGUUGUCUGAUUACUUGGCAAACCAGCCCGUUGAAGAUUACCAGUCGUUGAAGUUUGACUUCCCGGAUGAAGACAUCAUGGUAGUGAAAGACUGUGAAAUCCCAGGACUUGAUGAAGGACCUGAACCCGGAUCUCGGUGGAAGCUCAUGUUUGAUGCAAGGUUGUGUUUUGAUUGCACGAACAAUAUAGCAGAAUAUGAGGCGUGCAUCCUAGGCAUUGAAGCAGCAAUUGAUCUCCGAAUCAAAAUCCUCGAAGUAUGUGGAGACUCAGCCUUGGUGAUAUACCAAGUCAAGGGCGAAUGGGAAACCCGUGAUACCAAGUUGAUCCCAUAUCGUGCCUAUGUCAUGGAAUUAAUAAAAUACUUUGACGAAAUCACUUUCCGUCAUAUCCCGAGAACUGAGAAUCAAAUUGCUGAUGCUUUGGCUAUGUUGGCUUCAAUGUACCAAGUUAGAUUCCAUAAUGAGGCACCUCUCAUUCAAAUUGAGCGGAAAGUUGAGCCUGCCUACUGCCAGUCAGUUGAAGAGGAAGCCGAUGGUAAACCCUGGUUUCACGAAAUCAAGUGCUUUUUGCAAAAUCAAGAAUAUCCAACGGAUGCCACAACCCUUGACAAGAAAACAUUGAGGAAGUUAGCAUCUAAAUUCUUCUUAAGCAAUGGUGUGUUGUACAAGAGAAAUCACGACAUGAUUCUGCUCAGAUGCGUGGAUGGACGUGAAGCAGACCUGUUGAUCAAGGAGGUUCAUGAAGGAUCCUUUGGAACUCAUGCCAAUGGGCAUGCCAUGGCCAAGAAGAUUUUGAGAGCUGGUUAUUACUGGUUGACCAUGGAAUCCGACUGCUUCAGUUAUCCUUUCUCAAUGUGGGGCAUCGACAUGAUUGGCGCCAUCGAGCCUAAAGCUUCCAAUGGUCACCGCUUCAUCCUGGUUGCCAUUGAUUACUUUACCAAAUGGGUGGAAGCCGCCUCUUAUGCUAAUGUGACAAAACAAGUGGUUGCACGGUUUCUCAAGAAAGAGAUCAUUUGCCGUUAUGGAAUUCCAAGCCGGAUCAUCACAGAUAAUGGGACGAAUCUGAACAAUAAGACCAUGAAAGAAUUAUGCGAGAGCUUUAAGAUUGAGCACCAUAACUCUUCACCAUAUCGUCCAAAGAUGAAUGGCGCUGUUGAAGCCGCUAACAAAAACAUCAAGAAGAUUUUGGUAUAUGGGACGGAAGCAGUUCUCCCAAUUGAAGUGGAGAUACCUUCAAUGAGAAUCUUGAUGGAAACCAAGUUAGAAGAGGCUGAGUGGAUUCAAAAUAGAUUUGAUCAGUUGAACCUCAUAGAUGAGAAGCGAUUGACUUCUUUGUGCCAUGGACAAUUAUACCAGAAACGGCUUAAAAGGGCUUUUGACAAGAAAGUACGUGUUCGGGAAUUCAGAGAAGGAGACUUCGUGCUUAAGAAGAUCUUGCCAAUACACAAGGAUUCACGUGGGAAGUGGACUCCCAAUUAUGAAGGCCCAUAUAUUGUGAAGAAAGUUUUAUCAGGUGGCGCAUUGAUACUUACAACUAUGGAUGGUGAAGAGUUCACUCAUCUUGUGAACGCAGAUGCAGUCAAG